AUGUCAUCCACUGACCUGCAGCGUCAAGGGCGUGACUGUUAUAAGCGACAGGAAUAUGACAAAGCACUGCAACUCUUCAACCGAGCAGUCGGCCGAGGCGAUCCAACACCUCAAUUGCUCGACAACCUUGCGGCCACCCACGACAAACUGAACGACUUGCCAUCAGCCCUGAAGGCAGCCAAGAAAGCUAUACAAGCGGGGCGAGAAGAUGCUACUGGAUACCUUCGCGCCGGCAUCAUCCUCAAGAAGAUGGAAAAGCCGUCUGUCGCUCUGGAGAUCUACGCCCAUGCGUUGAAGAGCAUCAAGCAUGUCGGCCAAGGCUUUGAACAGUUGAAGAAGGUCCAUGAUGAGCUACAGCAGCAGAUCGCGCCCAACAACAGUGUGGAUCCGCUCACUGUGUUGCCGAGAGAAUUGGCAAACACUGUUCUGGAGUACCUUUCCUUUCGACAGAGAAUCGCCAUCUGCCGUGUCUCAAAAGGAUGGAGACACUUCAUUCGGAGCGAGCCCUCUUUGUGGUCGCACCUCGAUCUUUCCGCUGCGAAGUCCAAAGUGGGUACCAAAUUUGUCAGUACGGUUAUGAAUACCGCACGAGGCAAGCUCAAGGUUGCCACAUUGAACCGCCUGUACGACUUCGACAAGGUUCUUGCUGCUGUGGUUCCGCGAAUUGAAUCACUCACUCUGACUGGGACUGGACUCCAGGGCGAAAACUUGGUUAGAGCACUGAGAAAAACUAGCAGCCUACGCGAGCUUCGCAUACUACAAGGCACCGACAUUAGCCCGCACACUCUCAGAGAACUUAUUCCGCUACAACCGAAUCUGGAGGUCCUCCACUGCACGACGCUCAAACAUGUGUCGUUCGACGACACUUGGAACCUCGAACUGCCAAAUCUUUUGUCCCUCAACCUGACCGCGAAGACUAUGCUAGGCCUGGAAGUCUGUUUUCAAAAGCUUUCGGGGCAUGCCAGCAAAUUGGAAGAUCUGACUUUCUGGGAGCAGGAUGGCGGAAACGCUUUCACGAGGAAUGUCGACGUAGACCUUCGAAGUUUUCCGAACCUUAAGCGAUUGCUUCUACGCAGUCCACUCCGCGACGUGGAUCAGAUUCAGCUCCCUCCGAACUUGACCUCCUUGACACUACAAAGAAGCCGUUUGGGAUCUACCUCAGGCUUGCACUUUAUCACCAACACUGCUCCAAACGUGUUGAAUGAAUUCUUUAUAUUCAACUUGCCAGCUUUAGAGGAGCUGUCUCUUCACAUGCCUGGUCUUCUUCUUUCAGAUAUCACACAACAGUGGAGCGUCACGAAGAGGCCAAACCAUGAGGCCCCGAAACUUUCGAAGCUGAAGUCGCUCUCGAUGUACCAGCCACAAUGCGGCACGCUUUCCGUCCCUCCCAGGCUGGCGGAGUUGGAUCGUCUGAGCUUACUGGAUUGUUACUCGCUGAACGAUGAGUAUGUUGAAACAAUCUUGCACGAGUUCAAGAAUUUGCGAUAUCUGGACGUCAGCGGAAGCUCGAUCACUGGCGUCGGGGUAAGAGACAUUGUGAAGGCCGGACACAUUCAGGAAUUGGUCGUUUGUGAUUGUCAGAAGCUUGGUCGGGAUGCGGUUGAUUGGGCGCGGUCUCAGGGGCUGAAAGUGGAAUACAGGAUAAACAACAUUGAUUCUGGCAAGAGGCUCAAGUUUCCGGCUUGA